AUGGCAGUCAUCCAGCACCGCUACCGAGUCGUGAGCACGCUGGCCGUCACCCUCUACGGCGCCGUGCACGUCUGCCACGACCUUGCCGCCAUCGUCGACGGCGCAGACCCGGACGACGCCCUCGUCGUACUUAAGCAUGUCUCGCUGCACAGAGCCAUGGACACCAUCAACACGCCGCGUUUUGCACACGAGAAGUCCGUGGCCAACGCGCUGCGCCAGGCCGGCGGCCACCGCCACGUCGUGCGCUACCGGGAAGACUUCAUCACCGGCUCCGAUCUCUACUGCGUUCAGGAUCACUGCGCGGGCGGCCUGUACUCGCUCGUGAGUCUGGGCGAAGGCAAAGGCACGCGCCGACUGUCCUGCGCGAACGCCAUGUCCGUGUUGGCGCAGGUGGCGUCGGGCGUGGCGUUCCUGCACGCACUCGACAUCGCACACCGCGAUGUGUCGCUGGAGAACGUGUUUAUCAAGGACGGAGUGUGCCAAGUCGGCGACUUCGGUCUGUCAACUCGGCGACCUUACGGCUGCUGCGGUCGAGUGGGGAAGGCGUACUACAUGGCUCCGGAGGUGGCUGCGUGUGAGGAGUACGACGCGAAGGCGGCGGAUAUCUGGUCGCUGGGCGUGAUGCUCUUCAUCCUUUUGACCGGAUCCCCACUCGUAUCAAACGCAAUGACGGUGCUCAAGACCUUCAACUUGAUGGCGGUCCGCCCGUGA